CGAUCUAUCGAUGUUUCUAUCGACACCACGUGCGCGCUUCAACGUGUUUGUUGUGUACUUUUCGUUUUUCUUCCGAAUCAAAUUGUUUUUAGCGUUGAAUCUUAAACCUGAUAGAGAUUCGAUAAUGGAAACUGCUCAGCCACCGGCUGUGAAUGCCACGGCUCUAAUUGAAGACCCCCGACCUACAAUCCCAUCAACAGAUAAGGUGGAAACAACGCCCCAAUCAGACACUGCAGUGGAAAUGGAGAAACCGAAGGAGGAUAAAUCGACCAAUGAGUCAGUAUCUGCGGUUCAGGGAGCACAAAUAAAUGACGCCUCGGUUUGUGAAAAUGAAACAAACUCGACAUCUGUUGAGUCUCCCAAAGAGUCUCAGCAGUUGGAACAGAUGGAGUGCGAUGCAGCAGAAGGAGUAGGUACUCCAGCACAGGAACAGGAAUCCCCUAUGGCUGCAGCUCCGGGAGCACCCUCUAAAGAAACUGCAACAGAGAAUCAGCUAAAUCCAGCUUCUAAAAUUCAAAUUCCCCAAGUGCAACCCGCUCCAGAGGCUGCUUCUGCCACUGGUCUCAGUCUUCUGGCCGCCUACAGUUCCGACGCUGAGGAUUCGGAUGUUGAGGAAGUGCACACCCAUGACAGCGACAAUGAAGUCGUUGAAGUUCCAGUAACCGACCCCACGGCCACAUCCUCCACCGCCUAUCGUCGACCAGUGGUGGCCGUUUGCUCAGGAAGCGACAGCUCGGAGAGUAGCAGCAGUAGUGACUCCGAUUCCGACUCGGAGGGCGAGUACCUUACGGUGCUGCGUAAGAAGAUAGACAAGCGGAUCAACACCGAGGAGUGCGAUGAGGAAGACGAGGACGAGGAGGAGGGAGCCACCGGUGAUAAAUCAAGACGACGUCAACCGCCCAAGGUCCGUGGUGAAAUGCUGCUCGACGAGCUGCCGCCCAUCCAUCAGCUGGAGAUCACCGUGCCGGAGGAUGAGUGCGUUGAGCUGGGCAAGGUUCAAUCCAUAGUCGAUCAACUGGUAUUGGUCUCUGUGCUGCCCAACUCCCAACUGUUCGACCUGGACACCGUUCUGUUCCUGGAGAAGGGCCGCAAGGUCCUUGGAGAGGUGUUCGAUGUGCUAGGUCAGGUGGCAGAUCCGCUCUACUGUGUCCGUUUCAACAGCAACCAGCAGAUAUUGGACAGAGGCAUCAAAAUCGGCGAUGUGGUGUACUGUGCGCCCAAGACCGAGCAUACCCAGUUCGUGAUACUGUCGAAACUUAUGCAGGUCAAGGGGUCGGAUGCCUCGUGGGAGCACGAUGUGGAGCCACCGGCCCGUUUUGUGGACUACUCCGAUGACGAGGAGGAAAGGGAGGCGAGAAACGAGCAGCGAAAACGUCGCCAGCGGGAUCGCACCAACUCCACAGACUCUGUGGAUACGGUCACUUCGGUGGCCACCACGGCCACAGAGGCGUCUUCAGUGGCAGCGCCUCCUCCGCGGCAGCGUGGACGACGCGGGCAAAGGGAGAGCUUCCGGCAAAACCAGAGGCCUCAGAUUGCACAGAGACCUGAUCAGAACCAGAAUCAUGGGCAUCAGCAACAGCCAAUGGACCAGCAGUAUACCUAUCAUCCCAGCUAUAAUCCCGGCAGCUGGCACUCCAACUAUUACCACAAUUACCAUCAUCAGCCGCCGGCUAACUUUAAUAUGCAGCCACCGCAGCCGGGGAUGCACUUCCCAGUGCCCAACUAUGGCUACCCCCCCAUGCCCUAUGCCGUACCACCCAUGAUGCCACCACACAUGUACCCGCCGCCGUCAUCAGGCUACGGUCCUCCUCCGCAGCGACAUCUGGGGCCACCCAGCUAGAGAUUGAAGGCUGUUUCCAACUUGUGUGAAUUAUCUUUAUUAUUCCAAUAAAAAAAAACGUGGCUUUAAAAA